AUGUCACACAUCACACUGGCCCAGCAAGGCCUCGCAGCCGCCGAAGUACGCAACUGGGAUGAAGCUAUCGAGAAGCUCUCAGCCGCCUUGAAGGCCUCGCAGAACCCUGCAUGGCUCAUCGCUCGAUCGAAAGCCCUUAUCAACAAGAAGCGCUUCCAAGAGGCCCUCGACGACGCUAACCUGGCUUGGCAUACCGCAUACCAACGAAACAAACGACCGCUUCUCAUCGAUGCCCACUACCGUCGGGCUGUCGCCCACUUUCGACUCGGACAAUAUGCCAACGCCGACGCAUGCUGUGUUUAUGCUAUGCGCUUGGUCAAAGGCUUCCCUGCCGUAGAGAAGGAAGAUCCGGCGAAAAAGAACACAGACGAGAACGGAUUCUAUAAAGUGACAUUGAAGGAUGCUCAGGAAGAGUCAAAGACAGAUGAGAUCAACAAGAGACAGGCAGGGGCGGCAGGUGCACUGGGAGCAGAAAGCAACAAUGUUGCUAAUGCUAAAGAGUGGCGCAUUGCGAGCACUUUGCGAAUGCAGAUCCUGUUCGCUAUGGACAAGCUUCCAGAGGAUGACCCUGCACGCAAGCUCACCACGGCCAACAAACCCGAGUUGAAGGAGCUAUCGGAUGUGGGGAGCAAGAAGGUCGAGACUAAGGAAUCGGCGGCUGCCACAAAAACUGCCCCCAAGCCUACUGUUCCCGCUGAUACCCCAGUACGACUCCAGGAAUUCCAGAACGACACCACUAUGACAGUAUCCAUCUUCUCCAAGGGCGUCAACAAAGAGAAGCUCCAGGUCCAGUUCAGCCCCAAAUCAGCCCACCUUGACUCUAUCAUUUGGCCUAGCGGUGACGAAAAGCCGUUCACACUUGAUCUGUGGGGUGAGAUUGACACAGAUGCAUCGACAUACAGGGUUACGCCCAACAAGGUUGAGCUAGCACUCAAGAAAAAGACACCUGGAAAGUGGGCGCAGCUCAAGGGAGAGGCAGGAGAUUAUGCUCCAGAUGCUGCAGCUGCUGAGGAAGCGGAAAAACUCAAGGUUCUCAAAGACGCCCGAAAGAAGGCCAUGGACGAUGCCGCGGCAGAGGCUUCUGCUCGAAAGGAGACUGCAGAGUCUACCGAAGCGAAAGACAAGGCCCCCGCCACGCAAGACUCCUCCAAGCCAGCAUACCCCUCGUCGUCUCGUACUGGACCCAAGAACUGGGACACCAUUGGCGACGACGUUGACUCUGAUGAGGAAAAAGACGUCAACGUGUUCUUCAAGAAGCUUUUCAAGGGCGCCACUCCUGAGCAGCAACGAGCCAUGAUGAAGAGUUUCACAGAGAGCAACGGUACAAGUCUUAGCACUGACUGGGAUGACGUCAAGAAUAGGACUGUUGAGACGGUGCCCCCUGAGGGUGUCGAGGCCAAGAAGUGGUAG